AUGAAACGCGGAGAUGAACGAGAACUUUACAUUCCCCUGGACUCGCUCUCAAUAUCCUUCGUUCUUCUUGCGAUCCGCUAUCGCGUUCAUCAGCUGUACCCUCGCGAUCCUGAGCUACUGGAGCACAUGUGGAAGUUCAACGCGGGCGAGGGCGAUCAGACUAAGUGCAGGAAUAUCAGCGAACCUCGGAAGUGGAAGCAAAGCCUGGAGGAUGCUGCGCUCGGCAUGACCUUGUUUCCGCCGCAGAUGAAGUUGCGGGUGGGGAAGUGCGAGCGGCAUCGCUAA